CAUCGGCCUUGCUGCAGAGGCAUCUGUGCUUGCACCGCCGGCUAUGGACACGUCCAAAAGCAUUCGUCUCCACCACGUCUGCGAUCAACAGAGGUCUACGCGCCACCAGAGACGGCGACAGCUUUGGCAGGGCUGGCAGAGAUCGCUCCAGAAAGGCAGUACCGCCAACGCGGCCUGGCAGUCGGGACAAGCCUGCAUUCGGCAAUCCGCGCCGACUGAGCGACCAUGUAGAGACUGGCAGUUUCAGCCGGCGACGAGCUCGCGAUGAAUCUGGCCCGUCAAGAUCUGCGAGAGAAAACAGACCAUCGUCGAGAAAUGGCUUCCGAGACAGGGACAGACCGCAAGCAUUUGCUCCGUUUACGUCCCGAUCGGAAGAAGGUUCCGAUUCUCGCUCAAGCAAGUUCGGAAGUCCCCAAUCAUCUCGUUCGAGCGACCAUAUGGAGACGGGCAGUCUCAGCCGGCCACGAGAGCGCGAUGAAUAUGGCCCGUCAAGAUCUGCGAGAGACGGCAGGCCAUCGUCGAGAAAUGGCUUCCGAGGCAGGGACAGACCGCGCCCAUCUACGUCCCGAUCGGAAGACGGUCCCGAUUCACGCCCGAGCAAGUUUGGAAGUCCCAGAUCAUCUCGUUUGCGCGAGGACUACGACUUCAAUCAUAGUGGCGAAGAUCAACCAUCACCACGCACAGGUGGGCGUACCCGGCCGGGUGUUCGCGAAAGGCGUGAACCAGCUCUGACUGGGAAGACCUCUGGAAGCAUGGGAAGACG